AUGGUUGAUGGAAUUGUUACAGAAUAUUUAUAUAUUAAUCGUGGUGUUCCCCAAGGUACCGUUUUAGGCCCAGUUCUUUUCUCAAUAAUGGUCGAUGAUAUUAAAACUACUGAUCCUAGUAAUGCGUUAGUCAAAUUUGCUGAUGAUUUGACGUUAGGAGUGCCUGGCAACGAAAGUGGUGACACAUCUCGAUCUGAAGCUGUCUGUUUACAGGAUUGGGCGGAAAAGAAUAGAAUGCCCUUAAACUUGGAAAAAACGUACGAAAUGGUUGUUCGCAGACACACCUCUGUAGUUUUGCCUGAGCUUAUCCCUUCAAUUAAGCGAAAAACAUGGCUAAAGCUUUUAGGAGUUACUCUACAAGAUAAUCCGUCCAACUGGGAUUUGCACUUCGAAGAAAUGCUCAAAAAAGCAAGUGGAAGAAUGUACAUUAAGAGAGUUUGCAAAUACUAUGGACUAUCAAUUAAACAAUUAGAUCUGCUGUUUGAUAGCCUAAUUAUGUCGAUAUUCACUUUUGCUAUUGAGCUGUGGGGUUGUGCAUAUGACGGUAAAUAUUUGAACCAAAUAGAUAAAUUCAUUAAACGUGCACAUAAGAAUGGUUAUAUAUCAAAACGAACACACAUUAAAAUACGUGAUAAGAGAGAUAAGAAACUGUGGAACAAAAUAACAUCAACUGAGGACAAUGCAUUGCUUGAACUGCUGCCGGAAAAAAGAAGUAGGUUACUUAGGCCUAGAAGGCAUGAGUAUGAACUCCCCCUAGUGAGAACAGAAAGAUUCAAAAGGUCCUUCAUAAAUCGUUGUCUGUAUAACUUUAUUUAG